AUGACCACGAAUUUUCAAGUUGAUUCAAGUUUUUCCCAACACAGAAAUAAAUGCAUUCAAGCCAGAACCCCUGUCUGGUUGCAAUCAAAUGGUGAAAAAUAUCAAUGCGCGAUUACUCAUGCUCCGCUCGCGCUUUUGUUUUAUUUUUGGGCAUACUUCUAUUUUGGGUUUCUACCGUUUUCAUAUACAUUUUCAGAUAGUUGUUGGAAUGAAACAAUUAAAUAUACUAAUUUUCCUCUUCCUACUGCCAUUUUUCCUGUAGAAUAUGAUCUCAAUAUCACGACUUAUCUACCAGGAUACAAUUGGAAAGCAGAUGAAAGGAAUAUGAGUUAUUUGGGAUCAGUAUCUAUUAGAAUGGAAGUCAGACAAGAAAUGGAUAAAAUUGUUCUGCAUUCAUCCAAUUUGACGAUAAUAGAUGCAAAAGUUAUCAACAGUGAUAAUAAUUUGGAAAUCAAAAGUUGGACUAUCAAUGAUAGCAAUCAGUUCCUUAUUUUAAGCUUAAACAAGAUAGUUAAUCCCGGUGAGAAUUUAGAAGUUUUUAUAACUUUUGGAGGAUAUCUGCGAGAGGAUCGGAAAGGAUAUUACAUAACAAAGUCGACAAAACCAACUGGAGAACCUAUGAUCAACGCUGUCACUCAAUUCGAAGCCACCUCCGCUCGUUUUAUGGUUCCUUGUUUCGACGAACCUCAGUUCAAAGCUACGUGGCAAGUUAAACUGACAUAUCCUACCGGUGCUGUAGGUUUGACGAAUACAAUUGAUAUGGAAUCAAUCGAGGAUGGAGACUUCACAAGUACCACUUACAAAAGAACUGUCAAAAUGUCUUCGUAUCUUUUGGCAAUUUUUGUUGGAGAUGUUCAGUUCAAAGAGACCACUACAAAAAGAGGACUUCGAAUUCGAGUUUAUGCUGACCCCAAAAACAUUGAAUCUGUGGACAUGGCAUUGAAUGCUAGUCGACUCGCAGUUGAUGGUUUCGAGGAACUUUUUGGUAUUGAUUUUCCCAUGGAGAAGAUUGAUUUUGUCAGUGUCUUCGAUUUCGAAGCGGGAGCUAUGGAGAACUGGGGACUUAUUAUACAUCGAGCUGAAUUGAUUCUCGGAACCGAUAAAGAAAUUGUUGAAGUUGUUAUUCAUGAGUUGGCUCAUCAGUGGUUUGGAAAUUUGGUCACAAUGAAAUACUGGUAUCAAACAUGGCUGAAUGAAGGAUUCGCAACUUUCAUGACUGCAAUCGGACAAACAUUUAUUGAUGGAAACUUUUCUCAAGAUACGGUAAGUUGCGCUUGGACCACUCCUCAUAUGUCUUUACUUAAGUUUCAUAUAUCACAACAAGAAGAGGCAAGACUCAAAGACAGGUAUCGCCCCCUUCGUUCAGUUGCUUUUGAUAAAGAUGGGAGUGUAACAAUUCAAUCAAUUUAUUAUUCAAAGGGAAGUUCAUUCAUUCGAAUGCUAGAAAAAAUUGUGGGAACACUUAAUUUCUACGAGGCUAUGCGAAACUAUUUAUCUCAAAAUAUGUACUCCAAUGUGAAAGAAGAUUAUCUCUAUUCGGCAUUGGAAGCCGUUUGGAAAACUAACACGAACAAUGAAACCACACUUUCGAUAUCUGAAUUUGCUGAAUGCUGGACUAACCAAAAUUCAUAUCCAACAGUUUUCGCAACACGUACCCCAGAAGGAGUUGUUCUAACACAGAAUAGAGAAGCACCCAUAGAAAAGAAUUACACAAAUUAUGACGAAUGUGGAUACAAAUGGGACAUUCCAAUUUGGUACCAAGUAGCUGGAGAGGGUAGUCAUGAGCUCGUAUGGUUCAAAAAGGAUCAAUAUGAAUUGGAAAUAAGGACUGAGAAAACAAUUAUUGUGAAUGCUGAAUCAUAUGGAUACUAUGAUGUUAUAUAUGAUGAUGUGUCGUAUCAAUCAAUUGCUAGAGAAUUGGAAAACAACCCAACGCUGUAUUCAAUGAGCACCAAACUUCGUUUGCUGCUAGACCUUGAAUCAAAUGCGUAUACUCAGAUGAUAGCUCCUCAUAGUCUUGUCCUCAUUGCUAACGCUCUGCGAAAUGACGAAUUUCCAAUUGUUCAAGAAUAUGCACAAACCAUUUUAAAAACAACCGAAUUUAUGAUAAAUAGGCUGAAUGAACAAAACAAUGAAGACUUGAAAAUUAUCAAAGGCUUUUCAACGAAUACAUCCAAAGUCUUAAGAAAAUUCUACAGUAACCCAUCUGAACAAUUUGGGGAUUAUUUUAAGAGAAACUUUAAAUCGGAUAAAGAGUUCUGUGAGACUUUGAGAAACGAACGAAAUGAAGAAGUCACAAACCAGCUGGUUGAUUGGUUGAAUACAAAUGAUAGUUCAGGAAGAAAACAUAUCAUGGGUUUUUUAAUGUUCUGUGCAAAAAAUAAGGACAAAGUCAGAGGACUUGUAUUCGAUCCAAGUUUCGAUUGGACUGCACUUGAAAAGAGUCGUAAUAUUCAGUUUCUCAAAAUUUUGAAUCGUAGAAACAUAUACGAAACUCGCGAAUUCAGAAAAUUUCCGAGCAACGAGGAGUAUAUUUCUCGAAAAACGAUCAUUCGAAUCGAAUCCUAA